AUGUCCGCCGCUCCUGCAACAAUACUCGCAUUCAAAGCGGGUCGCGCAUUCCGAAGGGAGGGUACUAACUUUGUGGACCAUAGCCCCGAAAAGGGCGCGAUCAUCCUGCAGAAGGGGGAGGAUGAGCUCUUACAUUUCAUCUGGAAGAACCGGUCGACGGGUGAAUUGGAGGAGGACUUGAUCCUGUUCCCUGGAGAUGCAUCAUUCGUGAAGAUACCCCAGGCACCGGGAGGCCGGACAUAUGUCCUCAAGUUCUCUUCAUCGAAUCAAAGGCACUUUGACGCGUCUACCAAUCGUGACGAGGAAUUCGUGAACAACUUGAACAUGGUCCUGCAAGACCCGGAUCGUAUUCCCGUCUGGCAGACUGCUAGCACAUCGCAGCCUCAAGCUUCUACCUCCCAAACUGGCCCAUCUACAAGAGCCGCUGCGCCCGCCGGUACCACGCCUGAACAAUUAGCCCAAUUGCGCACAUUAGUACAGUCCAUGGCUGGUAACACGUCGCAGGAGCCAGAGCUUUCACUCAAUGACAUCCUGACACCCGAAAACGUCCUCCCUCUUUUCACCUCCCAUCCUGAUCUCAUACCCGCCCUCUUCCCUCACCUCCCGCCGGACUUACCAACGCCUCCUUCAGCAGAAGUCUUGCAACAGAUUAUCACGUCCCCGCAAUUCAGAGGUGCCGUGCGCAAUUUUGAUCAGGCACUGCGGACUGGUAUGCUUGGCGGACUGGUGAGAGGUCUAGGACUGCCUGAGGAGGCCGGUACGGGCGUGGAAGCGUUCUUGCGAGCUAUCCAGGAGCAAAGCCGCGGUGAAGACAGGAUGGAAACGGAUUAG